CACUGAGCCCACUACACAUAAUCCAGCGGUUACUUACAAUUUUCAAAACAAAAUGGCGGCAAAAUUGUAUGUUGCCAUGCAUUCAUGUUUUUUCCGUAUAAAAUCCCUGAUCCAUAUGUUUUAAAAUAAGAUUGCUAUGUCGAAGCAUAGCCAUAGUAAAAGAAGACAUGGUCGCUACAAGGACGACUCAUCAGACGAGGAUGAUUCCCCCAUAGACUGGUCGGAACAUAAGCACACUCUUGAUCAUUUGUUCUUUCGAGAUAACGAUUACAUAAAAAGGGGAACAGAAGAUUACAAGGAUUUUUGGCACUUUUUCGAGCGUUAUGAAUCAUUUCAACGAAAGAGAAGUUUGUCAAAGAAAGAUGUUAAAAAGGAACCUUCUAAUAAUGUCUCGCAAAAGCUUGGGCUUCCAGUUAACUACGACAAGCGAUACAGGGUCAAUGUGUCAGUUUUGUCAGGUGACAUAGCAGAGCUGGUGCGACCUUCCCAUCACAAAGGAAAGCUGAAGGAAAAGGAGCCAAAGUACAGAGGUUUGACAGAAGCAAACAUAGCAGAAUUCAGAUCUGUACUACUUUACUACAUUGACUUCUGCCAAAAACAAAAGUUUAACAAGCUUGCAAAGCUAAAGAGAGACCAAACAAACCUCCCCAUCAGCCAGUUCAGACAACAAAUAGUGGAUGCAGUCAAGAAUCAUCAAGUGGUCAUCAUUGCUGGCGACACUGGGUGUGGCAAGUCCACCCAGGUCCCUCAAUACCUGCUUCAUGCAGGCUUUACAGAGAUUGCCUGUACCCAGCCACGUCGAAUUGCUUGCAUAUCUCUCGCCAAGAGAGUUGGGUUUGAGACUUUAAAUGAAUAUGGCUCAGAGGUGGCAUAUCAGAUUCGUUUUGAAGGGAGUAAGACAAGCGCUACAAGAAUUCUAUUUUUAACAGAAGGUUUGUUGCUACGUCAAAUUGCAUCCGAUCCAGAUCUUUCUCGCUACAAUGUGGUAGUGGUGGAUGAGGUGCAUGAGAGACAUUUGCAUGGUGACUUCCUACUGGGCAUGCUUCGCUGCAUCAUUGAAGGCAGGGCAAACCUCAAACUUGUCCUCAUGUCUGCCACUAUAAAUAUAGACCUGUUUGCUGGAUAUUUCGAGGGAGCACCAGUUAUACAGGUGCCUGGCCGGUUGUACCCGAUUCAGGUGCAAUACCAGGCUCCUGCCGCUGAGAAACAGAAAGCGCCGACAAGUCGGACGGAGAGAUUGGAUCCAUCUCCGUAUCUGAAGAUCAUGCAACUCAUCGACUACAAAUACCCACCCACGGAGCGUGGUGAUCUACUGAUCUUCCUGAGUGGCAUGUCCGAAAUCUCAGCGGUCGUGGAUGCCGCCAGGGAGUAUGCGCAGAGGACGCGCCGCUGGAUAGUGUUACCGCUGCACAGCUCGCUGUCUGUCGACGAGCAGGACAAGGUGUUCGAUGUUGCCCCGGAUGGCGUUCGGAAAUGCAUCGUGUCAACAAACAUCGCCGAAACCUCUAUUACAAUCGACGGUAUCCGAUUUAUAGCAGAUUCAGGAAAGGUAAAGGAAAUGAGCUUUGAUAACGAAGCAAAAAUGCAGCGCUUGCAAGAGUUCUGGAUCAGUCAAGCGAGUGCUGAACAGCGCAAAGGGCGUGCUGGUCGAACAGGCCCAGGCGUUUGCUAUCGACUGUACACACAGAGCGACUAUCACGCCUUCUCCGAAUAUGCCACUCCCGAGAUACAACGCGCCCCGCUAGACUCGACGGUCUUGCAGAUGGUUGCCAUGGGAAUCAAUGACGUCAGAGCGUUCCCCUUUAUCGAGCCACCGCCUCGUUCGAGUAUUGAAAAUUCUGUGCACUUCUUGCAACAACAAGGGGCCCUGACGGAAGACGAAGCCAUCACCCCUGUUGGCCAAAUGCUCUCACGGCUCCCUGUGGAUGUCGUAAUCGGUAAAAUGCUGCUGAUGGGCUCGGUGUUCCACGUGACCGAUCCCGUCAUGAUUAUCGCGGCGGGGCUUAGUGUCCAGUCCCCUUGGACGCGUCGCCUAGACCAUGACCCGGAUGUUAUGGCGUUACGUAAGGAGCUGGAAUCUGAUCAUGGAGAUCCAUUCACGCUACUUAAUGCAUACGACGAGUGGAUCCAGGUGAAAAGCCGCCAAGGCUCGGGUUCCAAGAAAUGGUGCCGGCGCCGCGGUCUAGAGGAACAGCGGUUUUACGAGAUGUCUAAGCUGAAGCGUCAGUUCGAAGACCUGCUGGUAGACCACGGGCUCAUUCAGCGGGAGACCAAAGAUGACUCCGACGACGAUGAACGAGAGCGAGAAAAAUACAAACGCCGACAGCUGAAAAGACUCAAGCGAGAACACCAAACAUCAACAAGGCGUCGCAAGCUGCUGAAGCUAGAAGAGGACGAGGAGGGUGUUGAUGAUAAGGAGACCGUUCCCGACAUCAGGGACAUGGAAUUUAAACUAACGCAUGAUCUUGAUAAGCUUGAGGAAGAGAGGAACACGCGAAGGGGGUUCACUCUCAGGGACAUCAACCUGCUUAAGAUCAUCCUUUGUAGCGGGCUCUACCCCAACUUGGCGAUAGCGGACGAUACCAACUGCUGGAAGCGUGACACCGAGCAGACGUUUCACACUCAGUCCAAGUCGUCUCUUCUACUUCAUCCCACCUCGGUGUUUGCGACGAACCCGGACGUACUCAAACCCCCACAGGAUAUCGGGGCCCCGCCCUCUCAAGAGGACGUGAAAUCUGGUAAGAGAUUGCGUGACAGUUUGGACUUGACGUACAGCACGUCACAUCAGCUCUUAGCUUACGUCUCCUUACUAGAGACAAACAAGCCUUAUUUGGUGAACUCUAUGCGGGUCCCAGGUCUACAGACGUUGAUGCUGUUCGCGCGUAGCCUGGACACGAAUGCUGACUUGACGCGUGUCAUUGCCGACACGUGGCUAGAAGUUCGACUUCCGGAUGCCAAGACAGCACAGAGUGCAAUGUCUGCUGUGAUACAGCUACGUUCGACAUGGAUGCGACUGUUACAGCUCAGACUUGAUGCGAAGCGUUCAGGGAGCGAGACUGGUCUACUGGAAAUGAACAAAUGCAGAGACCUGGAAAGGGCUCUCGCCAAGAAGCUUUCCGAAUUUUUAGAUAGCAAUAUUCGCUUUUCCACUCGCCGAUUAUUACCUUCAGAGGAUCAACAUCUUUACAAAGGGUUAAUGGACUCCGACGACUUCGACCUCACGGCUGAGGGUAUCUUACCUUUCCAGGGUCCCAGUACACCCCUUGAGGUACACCCUACAAAAGGUGGAAUCCGCGUAAACGAAUACCUGACUUAUAAUUGUCUAAUGGAUGAGAUUCAAGCGGAGGCUGCGUCUGCCGCGGCGGAGUACAUACAGAAGCACUGGACGUGCCCGAAGUGCGGCGAGAAGAUGAUUAUCACAGUAUUAGAGAGACUACGUCACGAGAACGACUGUCAUGAGACAGAGGGUCAGGAAUCCAUAGCGACACAGGAAAGUCAGGAUACCAAGCCAAGCGAGUUCUCUAAGCCAGAUAUGGCUCAUCUUCGCAGGGAAUACUUCUGUGCUGAUUGUAAAAAGGAGUUUGUGUUCACCAGUAGUGAGAUUUUGAAGCACAAGAGAUCGCAUCGUUAGCUGAGAACACCACGUGGUUAUCACAUGACCAUUAUUGUGGUGCCACCACGUGAUGAUCACGUGAGCAAACGCUCAGGUGAUUGCAAAUAUCGAGUAUUGCAAAAGAAACUUGAUCAACAAUCCGGUUCAUGCCCAUAUUUGGUAACCUUAAUUAAGCCCAUUAUUUAUGCAUAUCGCGAAAACACGGCUUCUUUUUUCUAAAACUCUUUUUAAGAAAUAUGUUUUGUUGUAGUUUACAUCAUUCUUUUAUAUCAUCCAUUUAAUGUUCAUGUUGCCGGCAACAGUCACAGUUCUUUCUUGCUUAACGCUGUUGAACAUAGUUAAAUAGUAAAUAGAUCGAUUAGUAGGGCAUGGCUAAACUGGCAAUAACCGUAAUUCUCGAAUAAGCGCCCAGACGCCAUACGUCCCAGGGAAGGCGCGCGGGGUGAGCAUUUAUUUCAAAACCCAAUUUAAAUCUAGAUAAAGUGUUUUUUACAACGUACAGCGAGUAAAGCUUCCAAUUCUAGAAUGCUUUGGUGGGUAGUACUGUCAGUUUUCGUUACUUCAUUUUUAACGCGAGUCCCCCCAUCAUCGAAGUUUCAGGAGUGCAGCACGCUUAGAGGAGAUUCUAAUUUGGGGGGAGGCACUAAUUCUGGGGAGGCGCUUAUUCCAGUAAUUACGGUAGGAAGACAGUCCUUGCUUUUUAGCUGCACAACAUUCCACUCUUUCUCUGAGCAACACCCAUGCAAAUAGAGUGAUCAUUUUCCCGAAGGCAAUUAAUUUAAAAAAUGGUAAGUUAAACGCAUCUAAAAGGAUUUUUCGUACUAUAAACUAGAUCAAUUAAUUCAUCUUUCAAUGCAUCAGAAUAUUGGUCGUAUGUGCUACGUUUCGCAGUAAUAAUCUAAAGAAUAUUCAGGAAUUGUUGAAACUAUUCUGUAAAUUUCCCAGAGGUCGUUGUGCUACUAGUUAACAUUCCUCUGCUCUGAUAGUAUCGCCACAGGUAUCCCGUAGUCGUUUAUACGUCUACUUCUACAGGCAUCUUGACAAGCUCCAGACUCUCGGUGAUUUUAAGGUCCAGUCCCUCCCAUUCCAUGUCAAGGGUUGCGCUAGAGACACUGAGUCGAUUUGUCGGUGACGUCACAUUCAAGUCACUACUACUAUGGAGACCACUGCUUGUAGGCUGCUGACCACGUUGCCUGUUGUCGCGCUGAUCACUACUUGUUGUUGGCUUUUAAUAGAAUGAUAGCAGGCAGUCAAAAUGGUGCUUAUAAUUAAAGAAAUACUAUAUAGCUAAUAAUAAAACUAUAGCGACUUUA